AUGUUGUCCUUGGGCCAGAUGAAUAUCACGGCUGGGAUAAGUCGUACCCGUAGCUCCAAAGUGAUUGCGGACGUAAGACAACAACAACAAACAGAGAUAUGCAUGUCUUUGAACAAACCACAGAUAUUACUUCCAGGCAUUCUCUCAGAAUGUCACCUACGCCAGCAAGCUGCACUCCUCAGCUCAUUCGUUGCUAAUCGUCCGCAAGGAUCUCGCCAGACCGCUACAUUAACGCCGGAUAAGUUAGAACGCAAACGAACUCAUGAUCGAAUUGCCCAGCGCGCGGCUCGACAGAGAACCAAGCAAUACAUCGCACAACUUGAAUUCGCGGUCAGAGAGCUGGAAUUACAGACUGCCAGUGACCCAGUGGUACAAGAAUUGACCUCGCAAAACCAAGCAUUGACCGCUGAGAUUGUCUACCUUCGAACUUGUCUAACAUUUAAAAAUGCCGUCAUGUCGUGGACACCGUUCCAUGAGUUAUACCAUGUCGAAAGGCACCCCCAGUUUCUCGGUCCUGCGGUAUCGGCACUUCCUGGUCCCUGGACAUAUCAGCAGGUCAGUGGACCUAGCAAUGCAUCCGCAUUUAACACUCUAUCAUCAUCGGAUGAGAUUUCCGGUACGACAAUGUUCACGGACAAGCAACGACAACACGGAAAUGCCGAUCAGCGCACACCGCUGGAGCAUUCAUUAGUGUGGUGA